AUGGUCGCUGAAGAGCUUGGAGACUGGAGUUGGUGUAAGCAUACUGAUGUCGCAACAGCUAAGGCCUGUGCUCCAAGUGCGCUUAGAGGAAGUACAGCAACUCGUCGGAUGCGAAAAGAAACCAACAGGUGCCUUCCGCGCCAAGAAGCCAACCUCAGGCCCUUCAACGCGAGGAACGGGCCUGUGCCAAGGCUUAAAGAUAUAUCACGAUCAAACUUUGUUAUAAUAACAGCCAGAUAUGUUAAUUUUGAUUUAGAGCCGAAAAAGCUAGAUUUCCCUGCAAAAAAUCUAGACUUUUUGGGUCUAAAUCGGAAACUGCGAGGCUCCCAGAUCCGACGGGAAGUCCUCCAUUAUAAAGAGACAAUUGCGGCACUCAAACCCAUCAUGUUCAUUGAAAGUAUCUAUUUAACUGCUUGCCUUGAGCAAGUACGCAAGACCGGCACCGAGCAGCACCCCCCGGGGGAAAAGACCAUCUAUGUAGCCCAGUGGGAACAGCACCGCCUGCAUAUAAAAACCGAAGGACCUCCCCCAACUACCACCACCACCACCCCCACCACAGUCCUCAAUAUCCCUGCCCAUCCCCUCCAUCAUCCUCAAGUGGAACCAAACAAAUAG